UUCGCGCUCCUCCUCCAAUUGUACGACCACCGAUGAUCUUGUCCCUGUCUCUGCCGUCAAGUAGGAGUUAGCUGCUGACGAUGGAGCACCUCCAACCUUUGCUGCAGCGAUAUCGCCGUGAUCGUCGCAAGCUCUUAGAAUUCCUCUUUUCGUCGGGUCUCGUCCGAACGCCGUCCGGGUCAGACUCCGCCCCCGCGUCCGCCGCCUCCCUCUCCCACAUCGAUUUCGAUACUAUCAGCGCCGACUAUGUCCUCGACUGCGUCAAAUCUGGUGGAGUGGUGGAUAUAUCUGAAGCAACCAGGAAGUACUUUCACGAAUCUUCUUACCCUCUAAUGAUUCAAUCCGAAUUAGGGGAUUCCUUUUUUCUAGUUUCUGAUCCAGAAUCAUCUGGAUCACCUCCUCGGCGUGUGCCUCCUCCCGUACAUGUGAACCGGACCGCUAACAAUGCAUCAAGUUCAUCCGCACAGCUGAAUUCUUUGAGUGUUGAGGACAAUGAAAAGGCUGGUGAUGACUAUGGUUUCAAAUAUAGAGCCAUGCCAAGUGCACCUCCAAAGCAUGUUGAAGAGGUUAAAGUGCUACCGUUGGGAUUGCCUCAUCUAAACACAGGAUUGUCGGAUGAUGACUUGCGGGAGUCAGCCUAUGAAAUAUUGUUAGCAUCCUUGGCAACUUCUGGGAUUGUAAUAUGUUCAGUUGAGGAUAGAAAGAAGCAAAGGAGUUCGAAAUUGCUGUCACGAUUGAAGAGUAGAAGGGAAACAACAAAUGUGCAGUCUCAACCACUUGAAAGAGAUUUACGGCUCAUCCACACCAUCCGUGUGCAAAUGCAGAUUUCAGAAGCGAUGGAUGAAAGCACUAGGCAAAAGUUGAUGCUGUUAGCGUCAGGGAGAACGCGGGCACAAAUCGAUGUUCCUCAAAUCUUGUUGGGGCUUGUAAAUGGAACUUUUAAGUCUGAUUUUCCAAAUGAAAAGUCUUAUAUGCAGUGGAAGAAUAGACAGGCAAGUAUAUUAGAAGAACUUCUUUGUUUUUCUGCUAACCUUGUAGCACAUGAUAAUCGAGCUAUUACGAGUGCUCUUGCUAUGGUCAGAAAUGCAAAGGAAUGGGACUUUAUGUCUCUUUCCGAACGGGCUGAGGUUCUAUCAGUUAUCAAACAGGUGGCUUUGAAGUUCUCAUCUCUUCCAGGGCACUUGGGUAUCGAAAGUGAGACCUAUUAUUGGACUUCUGGGUAUCACCUGAAUAUUAGACUUUAUGAGAAACUACUUCUUGGUGUGUUUGAUGCUCUUGAUGAAGGCCAGCUAAUAGCGGAAGCCGAUGAGUUCCUGAUGCUUUUAAAAUUGACAUGGUCCACUUUAGGCAUCACUCAAAAAAUCCAUGAUGCAAUAUAUGGGUGGGUCCUUUUCCAACAGUUUGUUGAAACAGGCGAGCCUUUGCUAUUAGAAUGUGCAACAGUGGAGUUGCUGAAACUUAUAUCAGCUAAAGGUGAUGAUAAGAAGUUGAGGCUAUAUAGCAAUAGCCUGCUAUGUUCUAGGCAGUGCAAUGACAGCGAGAUAAAACUUAGUUUGGUUGACGCUGUCUUCUACUCAAUAAGCAUCUGGUGUGAGAGUAAACUGGAAGACUAUCAUCUCCAUUUUAGUCAGCAACCUUAUCACAUAAAGAGGGUGAUGAGCUUAUUGUCAGUAGUUGGCAUUUAUACUUUUGGCGAUGGUGGUGAUAAUAAGUUGAGCAGGUUGAAUAUUCCAGACGAGGACACUGCUAAAAUAUUUGAAUCUUAUGUGGAAAGGUCCAUUGAAGCAGCAUACAGGCGGGCAGCAAGUAACGUAGAACAUUUAUCCAAAGUGGAAAAAAGGCAUCCCUUGGAAGUACUUGCAAAUGAACUCAGGUUGAUAUCUGAGAAAGAGUUCAAUGUCUUCUACCCAGAGAUAUGUAAAUGGUGUCCUAAAUCUGUGACAAUCGUGGCUAUGCUAUUGCACCAGAUUUUUUGGGGAAGACUGAAACCAUUUCUUGAUGGGGUAUCAUCUCUCUCUGAAGAUGUUAAAGCAGUUCUUCCAGCUGCUGAUUUAUUGGAUCAUGGCCUAACUCAGCUAUAUAAUCUUGUUGAUGGAGCAAAUAGCAAACAUUUGCGCCAUUAUCCGAUUGGUGAAGUUGCUAAACCUCUCAUUCUUGAUUGGGUGAUUGCUCAGCAUGAACGUAUCUUGGAGUGGACUGGACGCGCAUUUGAUCUUGAGGAGUGGGAGCCUUUGUCGACUCAGCAAAGACAGGCAGCAUCAAUAAUUGAAGUAUUUAGAAUUGUAGAAGAGAGUGUGGAUCAAUUUUUUGGUUUUAAUCUCCCUAUGGACAUCACGCAUUUGCAAGCUCUGUUAUCUGUUGUCUUCCACACCCUGGAUAACUAUUUGGUGAAAUUGCUUGACGAGCUAGUUGAGAAGAAUCAUUUAUAUCCAUCAGCUCCUCCAUUGACUCGUUACAAGGAGACGACGAUUCCAGUAAUGAAGAAAAAGUUGCUUGAGUGUAUGCCUCUGGAUGACAAUGUGUACAACAGGUUGAAUAGUUUGACGAUACCCAGACUCUGUAUCAGACUGAACACUUUAAAAUUUAUACAGAAACAAAUAGAUAUACUAGAAGAUGGCAUCAGAAAAUCUUGGGCACUUGUUAGACAACCCGUUCAUAAAAAAUGGGACGAGGAACAUUCUUCAAGAACAACAUCUAAUGAACAAGUUGAUGAGCUCUUUGUCAACACCUUUGAAAUUAUCAGGGACACUGCAGCAAAUGCUAUCAGCAAACUUUGUGACUUUACUGGUGCAAGAAUCGUGUUCUGGGAUCUCAGACAUGCAUUCAUUUUUGGUUUGUACUGUGGUAAUGUUGAAGGUGCUCGUUUGGAUGGUGUUCUUUCACAUAUUGAUGCUGUCCUUGGCCAUGUAUGUGGGUUUAUUGAAGACUCUCUUCGAGAUGCUGUGGUUUCAAGCAUUUGUCGGGCAUCACUGGAAGGCUUUGCAUGGGUGCUGCUCGAUGGAGGGCCUUCUCGUGCAUUUAGUGAUUCAGAUAUUGCACUGAUGGAGGAUGACCUGACCACACUAAAGGAAUUUUUCGUAGCUGAUGGAGAAGGCCUUCCUCGAUCACUAGUGGAGCAGGAAGCAAAAUUGGCUGAGCAGAUACUGAACUUGUAUUCUUUUCAGACUGAAACGAUCAUCCAAAUGCUGAUGGCUGCAAGUGAACAAAUAUCAUCAGGCUUAGAUUCACAUGAUCAGAGUCACAUGCGUUUACAUAACGCACACACUUUGGUACGGGUUUUGUGCCACAAGAAAGAUAGAGAAGCCUCCAAAUUCUUGAAAGGGCAAUAUCAAUUCCCCAUGUCAUCAGAGUACGAAGACACUCCAUCAACGGAUCAAACUUCAGGAUCACCUUUCAGAUCCGAUCUUACAAAGCGAAGCACAUCGUUUCGUUGGAAUACAAACAGCCCACCUAGUUUGAAGUCGUUUAAGAAGAAACUUCAAGAAGCAACAUCCGAAAUCAGGAACGUAGCGUGGUAGAAGAAACUUCAAGAAGCAAGCAACAUCUGAAAUCGGGAACAUAGCGUGGUCGAAGAAACUUCGAGAAGCAAAAUCUGAAAUCAGAAACGUAGCAUUAUAGUGCACAACAAGAGAACGUCCGGUAAGGCCGCCGGUGUUCUAAUUUAGAUCCGCAGAGGAGGGCACAGUGUAGGCUCUUCCGUUAGGCAGAAGAAUGAGGCACCGAAAUUUGAGGGUAGUCAGCCAAUUUCUUGUAUCCGGACAGCAUUAUUAGCAAAACUACCACCUCUAAUGUGAUGCUUAUUUGUGCGUUAUGACAUUCUUGCACACAAGGA